GCUACUGUCAGAUGGUUUCUGUAGUUUAAAUGUAAAGAUUGUUAUACUGUAUUAACAUUGGAUAAAACAAAAGCGAUAUGAGUUGCAAAAAGAAGCGUCGUUUGAAUGUCUUAGCAGAAAGGUUACGUCCAGGUCUAAGCGAAUCCGAAAGGAAAUUUUUGGACGCUGCUGAGCUUGGUGAUGAAGCCGUUGUGAGAAAGGUCCUAGAAAAUGACGUCGUAUCCCCUGAUUGUGAGGACUCGCUGGGACGAACCGGCCUUGACCUUGCAAUUUCAUCUGGUAAAGAAUCACUUGUUGUUUUCUUAGUUGGUAAGGUGUCCGGACCUAAAGUUCACCAAGGUCUUCUUUGUGCUGUUGGCAACAAUAGGACAGAGCUCUGUGAAAUUCUCUUACGUCAUCAGAUAUAUCGACGUCGCACUGUUGAAUCCGAUGUUCACCUUUAUAUGGACGAACCCGAGGAGUUACAAAACAGUAAACCACCGGAAAUAGUGGAAAAGGAUAUAGAAACUCAGGGAGUUUCGAAAGUGGACAAGAUGUUAAAAGAAGCACUAAUGAGAGCGGCUAUUAAGAAUAACUUUCAGGUUGUACAAAUGAUAAUGUUGAGGGCUGUUUCGUUAGAGAUUCCCCAUGACUACUUUUGUUCUUGUCGACAGUGUAUAGACGAUAGAGAGGGCGAUUACAUGGUAUUCUGUAACAAUCGUCUAGAUACAUUUAGGGCCCUGGCCAGUCCCGCCUACAUCUCCCUGACGGAGGAGGAUCCGAUCAUCGCAUGCUUUCAUCUCAGUAAAGGCUUCAAACGGCUUCAGAUGAUUGAGACAGAAAAUCAGAAAACGUACCAGGAGCUAGACGAGCAAUGCCAAACCUUUACCCUUGGUCUGAUGGACAACUGUCGGUCUUCAGACGAUGUCAAGUGUAUCUUGUCCGGAGUCAGUGCCAGGACGGCGUUCUCUGACGAUGAAGAUGAUGGAAACGAUAAAUCAUUUCAGCUCAACAAGGACGAUAGUUUCCCCCUUCUUUCUCUAGCAAUGCGUAUGGAACAAAAAAAGUUCGUGGGACACGUGAAAUGUCAAGCUCAGGUCUCCGAGCUCUGGUUCAGUGGACUACAGAUGCUUCGCUUACUUAACAGGUUUGAGUAUCUGAUGCUGGCAAUACCCCUCGGGAUCCUCCUCCUCCCGAUACUCUCCCUCGUCUACGUUGUGGCGCCGUGGAGCAAGGUGACAGUACUGUUAGACACACCUUUAAUGCGAUUCCUGAGUUACACCUGUUCCUACCUCUCGUUUCUGAUUGUCAUUUGUCUGUGUAAACUCAAGUUUAACACUGUGUGGCUCACCAUUGCCUGUGACGAAACUGACCGCCUUGCCUACAUUCUGAUUGGCCUGGUGUUUCUGUGGAUCCUUGGAUUGAUUUGGGAAGAAGUUAAACAGAUAUACCGUGCCGGUGCACAAGACUAUCUCCUUUCCAUUUGGAACCUUGUCGAUUCGUUCAUGCUGACGUUCCUGUUUGCCUCAUUCACGCUUGAUGUGGUAUUGCCCAUCCGGAUACGGCAGAUGAUUCACCAUUAUCAACCGACCAUGAACACUUCCGGUUAUCUCCUGAACAUGACGAUGCUACCUCUUUGUUACUCUAGUGGCGUCUACAAUAUGUCGACCUCAUACGACUGCCAGGCUCCUGCCACGCUGGCAAUGAUGGCCGAGUGGUCUCCUGUCUGGGUACCAGAUCCGGAAUUUCUGUCCGAUGUCCUUUUCUCUGCUGGAAUCAUCCUUAGUAUCAGUCGCAUAUCCUUUAUUAUGCCGGCCAAUGAGACGUUUGGAACUAUGCUGGUAUCUUUCCAGAGGACAUUCUUUGAUCUCGUCAAGUUGUUCGCAAUGUUUGUCCUUAUUCUGCUGGCAUUCACCUGCGGAAUCGCUGGCCUCUACGCCGCGCAUGCGUGCCAGACAGAAAGUUUUAAAGGGUUCACCGGGACAUUAUUCCUUUUAGUGUGGUCAUUGCUAGGAUUCGGUCCCGGAGAAGCACCAGACCUGCACUAUGACGCUCCUAUGACAUCACUAACGAACAACCCUUCUCGUGGCACGUUAGUGGUUGCCCUUGGUUACAUUCUGUACGGAAUCUAUGUGUUUGCGGCGCUUGUUGUACUCAUGAAUCUCCUCAUCGCUGUAAUGUCUAACACGUUCCAGGAAAUCCAGGACGAAAGAGAUGUGGAAUGGAAGUUUGUAAGAACAGAAUUGUGGCUGACGUUUAUAGAGCCCGGAUGUUGCGUUGCUCCGCCAUUCAAUGUUAUACCAACUCCGCGUGAUUUCUGUAAAUUAGUCACCUCAAUGAAAAAAUUCUUCCGUCGACUUUUCCGGAGGUGUCAUAAACCUGUACGGAGGAGUACAAAAAGAGAACGCUCGCUUAAGAAACUACAGGAAAAGAUUGAACUAGAAGAAGCUCAGUGUACCGCCCGUCAGAAUGUGAUGUGUACACUGGUCAGAAGAUACAUCCUGGAAUCUGAGAGGGAGAAGAUGGAGGAGGGAGAAGAUGCUGCAGAAGAUAAACUAAGGCGCUUGAUAGAAAAUGUCGCUAGCAAGCUUGACGAGAGAAUUGAUUACAUAGACACCCAUCUACAGAACGUCGCUGAUAGUGUGAACAACGUUCAGAAAGGCGGAAUGAACAUACAAACCAUGCAGAAAUCUGAAAUCGACCUCACCCAAACUCUAAUCGACACUCACGAAGGCUACCAGAAGAUGGUCCGUGAGAUGUGGGAGGACGGGAAAUCUUUCCGUGAUUCGAAGAUGGAGGCAAUCCGUGCCAUGAGAGAAGAACGUCUGAAACUGAUCGAGGAUAUGAAGGCAGCGGAGGCCCAGUCUCUAGAGGACAAUAUCAUUGACGCUUACGAUGAAGCCGACUAUAUCCCGAGGACGACAAUUAACUGAUCCAGUACACUUCUGUAUUGAAGAAGAAUAAUUUUCCAGAUCCCUUGAAAGAUUUCAGAUAAACAGCAUAUUGUUACAUCUUGUAUGAAAAUAGCACAAACUCGUGUCCAGAUGUUAACGUUAUUUUUUCCCAGAAAUGAAAUGUAUUAUAAUCAUUUAGAUUCAAGCCAAGGAGAUACUGCUUCUCACGGAUUGUUACUUUCGGGGAUGUUCCAGUUCUGAAAAUCACAAAAAAACAUGGAUUACGCUGAGAAAUUAUGCUCGACCUAAAACAGUGAAUGAAUCGAAGAAUUAAUUAAGGGAUUACAGAAAGACGAAGAGUUUUUAGAAUGCAGACGCUAGGAUCAUAUUAUAUGAUUAAAGUGACAUCAGUGACAAACUGUCCUUUCUAUUGAUAAUUUCCAAAUAUUUUAUAUGAUGUUUUAUUACAUUUAUACGAACAGAACGCUAUACUUUAUAUAAUUUUCGGUAAUACAUAACUGUAGUUCUAGUCUGUUAAGCUAUUAAGUUAGUUGUUAAUUGGUAUACAAUGCAGGAGGUAAAUACCGGGAAACGUAUAAAAAGUGGAAAUGAUUUGUACCUAUAUCAACGACUGGAAGCGAAGGGCAUCACGCGACGACUUAGGAUGACCCUCGACUGGAAUCACCCUUUCCUUAGGUGAAAUCAGAUGUAUAUUAAUAAUAACCCCAUAUUUAAAAUGUAAUCUAUGUAUAGACUAUUGCAAUGUAUCUAAGAUCAUAUUGCUUAGCCUAAGAGUAAAUGUUGGAUUUUUUCCUUGCGUCGAAAAAUCUUUGACUUGAGGCCAGCAAAACAGAGGGCUAUAUAUAUACAUAAUGGAACAAUUGCCAACAAUAUCCGUCUUACUCUUUGUAUUGUUUAUUGUUAAAUAUACAUGUUAUAUAUAUAUUAUCGUUGCCAGAGCGUGGAUGUCUCGACAAUUGGACCGAUCAUACUUAGUGUCUCGUUCGUCGUUAUUACCUCAUUGCAUAUUGAUGAAAUUGUAUCGAUUUUAGGUUGAUACAUAGUGCAUCAUACAAACACAUAUGCGUAAUGCUGUCCUUAUAAGUAUGAAUCUUACUUACUUAACAAAAAUUGCAAUCCAUAUUAGACUUAAAUUGACCACCCUGUCAGCCCGGAUAGAAGCGUAAUAUGGAGGAAACUAAAACACCAGGAGAAAACCCACGUGAUCGGUCAUGUGACCUCGGUACUAUUUCAAUCAGGGAAUCGAACAACGAUCGCAUUGGUGAGUACAUUACCACUGUGCUACACAAUCACUCUAAACCCAAGACAUAUAGAUCAAUAUAUAGAUAGAUAUAAUAAGUCACGAAUAAGGCUUAUAUCAAAUGUACCGUUAUGAUCUGGCAUAUAUAUGCAAUUUUAAUAUAUUCUAUGAGACAUUUUUUCGUAUUUAUCAUCUACCGUGACAGAUAUAGUCACCAUGGGGUCAAAAAUGGGAUUUGAUAUCUAAUAUCAAUUACAGUUUCAUAACUUAAUGUUUCAUGGUAAUGAAAUCACACACGACUAGGAUUAUGAAUGUGCUACUCAGUGGGAGUGUAAUGUUUAAGUUAUCGUCUGGAAAAAAUGCUGACAAAGAGUUAUCCUGUGGUUAUGUAAAUGUAUUAGUGUGUGUAUCAGACAUUACACCACCAAACACAUACUCUAAAAUCCCGUUAUCUGAGUCUGGUAAAAUUGUACACAUGACUCCACAAAUGUAAUUAAUAUAAGUACCAUACAUCUCUAUUUACUUUUGACAGACACACAAACCUGCAUGUCCUAUAACACAUUGUAUACGUUCUGAUUGGAGGAAAACCACACGACAUCGCCGCAGUACGCAACAUAUUAAUUGUCAUUAACUCCAUCUGUCGUAAACUGUGUUUUUUAUAAAUUUGAAACGAAUGACAUUAUCGCGCUUCACUAUGUCUGCUGUAAUUUACGAACUAAUCCUUGUUUUAAAAUCAAUAAAAUGUGUUUAUUG